CAGGAAGUGACGUUCUCAUAGCAUAGUAUCCACGUAGCGCCUGAAGUUCUGACGAGCGCAGUUUUUCAUACGUCAAACAACACUUUGCAAAGCGUUCUUCGGUCGUGCAACUUACGUUAGCAUAAUGGAUCAAGUGAAGAAGCUCACUGAACCAGGACGUCAAUUCGCAAAAGACAGUAUUCGUCUCAUUAAACGGUGCACGAAGCCUGACAGAAAAGAAUUCCAAAAAAUUGCCAUUGCCACUGCCAUCGGUUUUUGCAUAAUGGGAUUCAUAGGAUUUUUUGUCAAAUUAAUCCAUAUUCCAAUCAAUAACAUCAUUGUGGGUUCAUAAGCUCACGUGAAUUAGGUGCAAUUAAGAUUUAAUAUGAUUGUCUCCCUCCUCAUUUUUCCCCCCUAUGUAUUUUUAUUUAUAAGAUAAAAUUAUGUAUUUUGUUUUCAACUGAUUGCGAUUGAGAUAUGAGAAUGUGUGUGUAUAAUAUUAAUAUUGAAUUUUAUAAUAAAAUGAGUGUAUAAUA